AUGGCUCAAUCACUCAACACCGAAUGGGUUGCUCUAUGGCUUUCCUCAAUCGACAGCGAAGGGAUGUCGACUGGAAGCUCAACAACAACAACAACAAGGGAGAAUAGUCCUACACGAUACGAACCAUAUAAACAGCCGGAGCUAAACCCUCUCCGAAGUGCCCUCUGGGAUCAGCCGUUCGGGUUUCCGGGCGAUGCCCCAGAACCGGACCCGGCCACAUCUGAAAACCACAGUGGAGAAAGCACAGAUCCGCCGCUCGGGUUUCCAGAAGAUACCACAGAACUGCACCCGGAAAUAGACGUCAGCGAUUCCGAUGGAGAAAUCACAAACAGCUUGCCGGAUACAGCCCCUCCUAGAAGUGUUUCAGAAGCCUUGUUCGAUGGAACCGAGAGCGACACUGCUAGCGGCUCAGGUUCCGGAGGCGAUGACCUAUGGGACUAG